AACAAUCAUGAUCUCCACUGUCGCCCUCGCUGUCCUCGACUCGGCCCAGGCCUUCUCCGCGCCCGCCAUGCGCGCGCCGGCCCGCUCGUCCGCCGUCACCAUGUUCUCUGAGGGCGACAUCGGCGUCCUCCCGCCGCUCGGCGUGUACGACCCGCUCGGCCUCAUCGAGACGCGCGACAUGCGCCGCUACGAGAUCAUGGAGGUCAAGCACGGCCGCGCCGCCAUGCUCGGCUUCCUCCACGUCAUCGCGCUCAAGGCGGGCGUCGUCCUCCCGGGCGCGCUCACCCUGUCGGGCACCAAGUUCUCCGACAUCCCGACCAGCUGCUUCGGCUCGCUCGAGGCGGUCCCCACCUUCGGCUGGCUGCAGAUCAUGCUCUUCUGCCUCUUCCAGGAGACGGGCUACGGCCUCGGCCUGGCCAAGGGCCAGACCGGCGGCUACGCCUCCAACCCGGACAACAACGAGGACGACGGCGAGGUGGGCGACAUCGCGGGCAUCCCGUGGGUGCGGUACGACGACCCCGAGACCAAGACCUUCAAGCUGAACGCCGAGCGCCAGAACGGCCGCGCCGCGAUGCUCGGCAUCACCGGCUGCCUCGUGCACGAGAUCCUUGGCGUCGACGCGCUCUACCCGACCGGCGGCCUGGGCGGCGCCGCGCCCCCGGCCAUCUUCUAGGCUGGCUCGUUGCCUGCCCCGACCCCUCGCGCGCACCACGAUGAUGCGAGUGCGCGCCGGAGCCCGUGAAGACCUGGGUGCUCUGCGCAGUCUUGUGUGUGGGGGCGGAGCUUGUCUUGUAUUUGGGGAAAAAGUCGAGAGACAAACUGCGCCUCUCCCUCACACUCUCA